AUGAACUCACAAGAUUAUUCAGAUCCUAAUCAAAAGAAUCAAUCAAAUCAAUAUUAUCAACCCUUCACAGCUCCAGAAAAUUUAACCCAAAUACCACCACUUAUAGAUCAAGUAUCUCAUCCUUACGUCCCAACAAAUACAAAUGUUUUCCCUUCUUCAAACGUUCCAUUUGAAGGCCUACAAGCUGGUAAUUAUCCCAUCAGACCAAUUCCAGAUUUAGGAUAUAAUACUUUACCAGCUAAUCCAUCACCAUAUCCAUAUUCCUCCUUUGGAACAACUAUGACAACAACGAGCUUUGAAAGCUUUAAUCAAUCAGACGAUGGUAUUUAUAGAGCCACAGGUCCAUCAGAAUCCCAAAUUCCUAAGCCUACUUCAAUUGAUAAUCGCAUCACAAAUUUAAGCUUACCAUUUGUCAAUAAUGCUAAGCCAAAUACAAUCCCAAUUGCACAGAAUGAACCAUCAGCUACAUUUAAAUAUAAAACUUCUUCAUUAUCAUCAAGUGAUGGUAUAAAUAAGCCUUAUAAAAGACCAAGAAGGAGGUCCGAUCAGAUUGAUCGUUAUUAUAGUUGCACUUUUGAAGGUUGUACAAAGAGUUAUGGAACUUUGAAUCAUUUGAAUGCACAUGUAUUAUUACAGAAACAUGGUCCAAGAAGAAAACCCAGUGAGUUCAAAGAAGUGAAGAAGAUUGCAAGAGCAAAACGGAAAGAACAACAAAUGCUCAAAAAUAUUAAGGAAUUUUCAGAAAAGAAUAACUUGAUGUUCAUUCCACUUAAUCAAAAUCAAGCUAUAGCAAAUGCUAAUAAUGUAUCAAGCAAUUCAAAUCAGUCAAGUCCAACUGAAAUAUCCGAAUCAAGUCCUGAAACGUUAGGCUUUACAACCCCUCAAGUCACACAACAAACACAACCAAUGCAUUUAAACUAUAAUUAUUCAGCUGGUUUGAAUUUUCAGGUAAAUGAGCAGUUCAGUGAGCAGCAAGUGAAUCCAUCUCAACUUCAACCAAUUCAAACAAACUACAAAGCUCAACAAAUACAAACCCAUCCACCCCAAGCCCAAAGCAUCAAACUAGAAUUCCCAGUGCCUAACUUCAAAUCCACAUAA